AUGCGAGGGCAUUUCGUUCAUCCGUCCGAGGCUUAUCAUUCGUUCUCGAUGGCCAGCAAGUGCCGCUUUCAUAUGCAGCCAAUAUUCGUCGCCUACUGCACCCCGCUGCUGACACCCGCCAACGCCGAGCUGUUGGCCGUCGCAAAUCCCACCGUCUUCUGUUCCGUGCAUCAUUUGGACAUGCGCUUCAUCCAGAUAGAUAAAAUAGGCGCCUACCACUUGCACGCGUCUGCAAGCCAGCUCGCCGGAACGUCAUGGUACGACCUGGUGCAUCCGUAUGACAUCGCCGAAGCCUCGUUCAAACAUAAAAUGUUGUGCGAAGAAAAGGAAAACAGCAGCUUGAUGCUGCUACGACUGCAAACGUUCCGCGGCGAUUUCAUAUGGCUGCACUGUCUUCUGACGCUGAAAGACAACAGCCGUAACGUCGACGCGGCGAAAAGGGUGAUCAAUGCGGUUUGUCAGAUUAUAAGGUGUGCCUGUGCAUUUUGAAC